AUGGCGGAUGAGGGAGAAGAGUUUGCGCAGCUCUCGCUGCCCGAUCAAUUUGCACACAAAAACUGGAAAGCGCGCAAAGGCGGCUAUGAGACGGCGACAAAGGAAUUCAAGACCGCACAGCCGUCGGAMCCAAUCGUAAAGGAAUUCACCUUCGACAACAACAUCUGGAAAGCGGCAGUUGGCGACUCCAAUGUUGCCGCACAGCAGGAGGCGCUCAAUGCAUACAACGCCUUCCUUGAUGCCGCAGGCACGGAUGGCGCGAAGAAGACGCGCGGGCAGACGGUGGGUCCAGUGGUGGAAAAAGGACUGACGGGAAGACCGGCGGCGAAAGCGAGUGCCUUGGAAGCCCUCAUGCUGUUGAUCGAGCUGGACAAGGCCGAUCCCAUCAUCGAAGACCUUCUACCCUACCUUGCGCACAAGCAACCCAAGAUUAUCGUCGCCACACUAGAAGCGCUCGCCAACAUCUACCACGCCUAUGGAUGUAAGACGAUCGAGCCAAAGCCUGUGCUCAAGCUGCUACCCAAGAUCUACGGUCAUGCGGAUAAGAAUGUGCGAGCGCAGGGACAAAAUCUCACAGUGGAGAUGUACCGCUGGUUACGGGAGGCCAUGAAGCCGCUGUUUUGGAAUGAGCUGAAGGAGGUGCAGCAAAAGGACUUGGACAAGCUGUUUGAGCCCGUCAAGGCGGAGCCAAUGYCAAAGCCAGAGAGAUUGUUGCGCUCCCAACAGGCCGCACAAGAGCGAGCUGCGGCCGCCGCACCGGUUGCAGAAGAAGAAGAGGAAGAAGAGGAGGCAGCCAUUGACCUUGAGCCAGAGUUCGAGGCUGUUGAUGUUUUUGCCAAGGUUCCCGCCGACUUUGGUGACCGAUUGGCCAGUUCAAAGUGGAAAGACAGAAAGGAGGCUUUGGACGAGACGUUUGCUGCGGUGAACCACCCUGCGAUCCAAGAGGGAAGCUUUGAUGAAAUCAUUCGAGGGUGUGCGAAGAGCAUGAAGGAUGCAAACAUCGCUGUCGUUACAGUCGCCGCCAACGUCGUGGAAGCCAUUGCAAAAGGUCUUAGAAAGUCCUUCAGCAAGUACAGGAGCACAAUCUUAGCAUCUAUGCUGGAGCGGUUCAAGGAGAAGAAGGUCACUGUCACGGAUGCGAUUGCCGCCGCUURUGAUGCUGUUUUCCUCGCGACCGGUCUAAGUGACAUUACAGCAGACGUCCUCGAAGCGCUGAAAUCGAAGAAUCCACAGGUCAAGGAGAACUCCGCCAAAUUCCUCGCGAGAAGUUUGAAGAUGGCAAGGGAAGCGCCGACACCUGAACAGACCAAGGAGAUUGCGGAGGGCACCAAGAAACUCCUUACUGAAAGCGCAGCCCCAUUGAGAGAUGCGGGUGCUGAAGUCUUGGGCGUAUUGUGGAAGAUCAUGGGCGACCGGAACAUGUUGGCACAUCUGGAGGGACUGGAUGACAUUCGCAAGAGCAAAAUCAAGGAGUUCAUGGAUGCAUCAGAGGUGAAGGUGAAGUGGAAGCCGAAGGCCGCUCCUCCACCCAAAGCAGCAGCGCCGGCGGGCAGGAAACCAGCUCCAGGAUCGAAGCGGCCGGCGGCUGGUGGCGUGAAGAAGGCUCCCGCGAGAGCCGUCACUCCUCCGCUUGUCGAGGACGCUCCUCUCCAACCGCGACCGACAAGCAGACCUGUCGGCAAAACUGCCGGUGGCCUGAAAGCUCCUGGAACUGGCCUGAAAGCGCCUGGAACAGGUCUACAAAAACCAGGACUUAAAGCGCCCUCCACAGCAACUGCUUCUCCUAAACGGCAAGGAGUAUAUGUGGAGGACGCACCACCCCCUGCAACACCCAAAGCGAUGGGCAGAGGGCUCGCUGGCCGUCCAUUGGGCAAGCCCGCUGCGGCGGCCACAUCUCCACCUCCCCAACGAUACUCGCCUGAUCGUAGCGCCUCGUCAGCACUGAGCAACAUCGAGCGGCAGGAACUGGUUGAUUUACGACAAGAAAUCGAAUACAUGCGUGGAUCCGCCUCGGAUCUGCGGACCGAAAAACACAAGCUGAACUCACAAGUUGCCGAGCUGCAAGUUCAGAAUGCACAGCUCAUUGAAGAUCACACAAGAGAUGUUCUCCAGAUCAAAGCAAAAGAGACGCAACUGGUACGCGCAAGAAGUGAUGCGGAAGCUGCGGAGGAUCGGGCAAACUCUCUCAGCAAGGAGAUUGAUCGACUCAAGAGGGAAAUCACAAGAUUGGGCAGAAGCCAAGCUGGCAGAGACAGUCCAAUCGAUUCGACACUCAACGGGCCCUCAAGUCCAAGAGGCUACAAUUCGAGGCCGUAUGGUGGUAGCAGGCAGUACGCUAGCAUCGACGGCUACAAUGGUGGCAAUGGAGAUUUUGGUAAGGAGAACUAUCGCGAUGCCGAGGAAGGUGCUAAGCUAAGAGGCGGUUAUGCAGAACGUCCGUCGUCCCAGGCUUCCAGACCUAUGAGUAAUGGAGCUUCCUCCGGACGUGCAACGCCUGCGGAGGAGCAUGAGAGCGCGAGGAGUGUAAGUGGCAGCAGCGCACUUGGAAGAAGCCAGGGCGAGAACGGAGUCGAGAGCUGGAGACGGGCAGCCGAGGUCACGCAAAAUCUCAAGGCGAGGAUCGAGAUGAUGAAGGCGAGGCAGAAUGUUGCUCGCGGACAGUAA